UCCGGUUCCGCCGCGGGCGGCUGGAGGAGGAGGGCGGCGGCGCCAUCAUGAGCUUCCUCAAGCGGAUCCCGGCGCCGGCCGAGGGUGUCCGGCACCAGCAGCCCGACACUGAGGCCGUGCUGGCCGGGAGGUCGCUGGGUGCCGGUACCCUGUACAUCACCGAGAGUCGCCUGUCUUGGCUGGAAAACUCCGGAGUUGGCUUCUCCUUGGAUUAUCCCACCAUAAGUUUACACGCUGUCUCCAGGGACCUGAGUGCCUUCCCAUGGGAGCACUUGUACGUCAUGGUGAAUGCCAGAUUUGAAGAGGCAGAGACAAAAGAGUCUCCUGUGGCUGAAGGGGAGGAGGAGGAAGAAGACAGCGAUGAUGAUGCUGAACCCAUCGCAGAGUUCAGAUUUGUACCUAGUGACAAAUCAGCCUUGGAAGCCAUGUUUUCAGCUAUGUGUGAUUGCCAAGCUCUGCACCCAGACCCAGAUGAUGAAGAUUCAGACAACGACUACGAAGGGGAAGAGUACGACGUGGAGGCCCAUGAGCUACAGCAAGGUGACAUCCCUAGCUUCUACACCUAUGAAGAAGGGUUGUCACAUUUAACUGCAGAGGGACAAGCCACGCUGGAGAGGUUAGAAGGCAUGUUAGCCCAGUCUGUCAGCAGCCAGUACAACAUGGCUGGAGUCAGAACAGAAGACUCAAUAAGGGAGUUUGAAGAUGGGAUGGAGGUGGACAUAGCACCAGUAGUUGCGGGGCAGUUUGAAGAUGCAGAAGUCGAUCACUGAGGAGGCCACGUGCUGCUAUUCCUCUUGUGGCACUUGCAGAAUAAGCUGUAAAGCUGAAGGCAUGGCAGUGACUAUCAGGAGUUAACCUUUCUUUUAAUGACCUAAGCUUCAGACAUCUAAGGUCUAAAAACGCUUUUAUAGAUGUUUAAACCAGGGUUUGACAUUUGUGACCACUGUGGGGUUAUUUAAGCAGCCAGAACCAACCAACCAACCCAACAAAACCUCUUUGCAUCUAACACUUGAAUGGGGCUAAUCAGGGGGCAUUCAGAGAAGCCUUUGUAGGAGUUCUGGGACUUGAGAAAUCCAACUGUAAGUAGAACAAUUUUAGAUUGUCCUGGAAUUCCCCAUAUUUUUGUACCUGUUCAUUUGGGUGGGUAAAAGGGGACUAGAAAUGUUACACAGCUGGACUAAAAGGACACAGGGUCAGAUGGGGAUUGAAAGCGAAGCUUCAUAUAAUGCCCCUCAAAGUGACUGGGGUCAGUUCAGUGCUAUCCCUUUCAUUUCUCUGAGAGCAGGGUUUGGGUGGGAGAGGAGAUGGCCUAAGAGUGUCAAGUCCUGAAAGAGGGAACUGGUUUGUGUCUUUGUAUCACAUGUUAACAAUGUUGUGAAAUAAACUAAGAUUUCUUUUGUAUCUCACAACCA